AUGGAAAAGCCGAGCAAAUGGGUACACGAAUAUUUUGAUCGUAGGUCCUCUGAAUGGGCUAUCACAGAGUUUCUUGAGGAAUGCGACGCAAAUUUACUUUUCAAUGAGAAGAUCGGACGUUACCUUACUUCUCUCGAGAGUAUAAUUAGUAAUGAUGACGGAACUAAAAAUAUUAAUAAGAAAUUGGGUUCCCGACCUGAUCGCCAGAUAGCACGAGAUUGGCUAUCUCAAAAAGCUCAAAAAAGCAAAGAAACUGCUGGAACCACGGUAAACCUACAUCACACAACGUUUACGGAUAGUACUCUAGGAAUCGGAACAGUAAACGGCGGAACAUUCAAUGCUGGACCGUCUAGUAAUAUGUCACGAAAUAAGGCGGUAAGACAAUUACGGGCAGAAAAAAUCAAUGAAUUUUUCUCUUUCUCCCGUGAUAUCACUCAUGAAAAUAACAAUUUGGAUUAUGAAGAUGAAAUAUCCGUUCCGUCAAGUCCUUCAAAAGAACAAGAAACAUACCAUCAUAAUUAUAUUGAAGAUCCUGAGUAUUUCGAUAAAUUAGUUGAUAGGGUGGAUUUAAACUACAUCGGAGGAGAGGAUGAUCUUGCGUCACCACGCCCAAAGUCUGAAAUUUCGGCAGUUAAUAGUUGGGACUCCUUCGAAACUGAUGGCAUUGAUCUUGUAAAAGUUUUUGGUUCCCUGCGUAAUUCCUUACCAAAAAAGAAUCCCGAGGUUCAUCCACCAUAUUGGGGGAUUCUUGAUCUGACUGGACAGCACAACCCGACGAAAAAUAAGCUGAUCAAAAUAUGGAGUGAGUUGUUAAACGAUUUCCGAUUAGACGUAGCGUGGAAGAUGACAGAGCUCGACCGAUCUGAAAUAGAACUUUUUGAUAACAUAGAGGUAAUGAUAGUUUACGUGCAUUUAACCAUGGCUUUUGAUCUAGUAACUAGGUCCGAACAACAAUUGAUUGCGAGCCGGGAAAGGCGUAGGGAAAACCAAGACCCCAACAAUGAACGUGCUCGUGUCGGACAAAAAACCGACAUUAUUAUCGAAUUACCGACCGGUCCUGCUUUGGAAGGGUUCAUAUGUGAGGUUUCCGGAGGGCUCCCGGUGGGGUGUCCAAAGAAAAUUUGGACUGACAAGUUAAAGUUGAUGAUCGGCAUGAGAGAUAUGAUUAACAGAGUGAUGAAAACUUUCCCUAGCUUACCACCGACAAAUUAUAUGAAAGUUAUAGUGUUCGGUUGCCAAGUGAUCGUCUAUACGCCAUGGAUGCUCGAACCACAGGAAUAUAUCGUUUCGGGUAUAAUCGACAAGGUUUCAUUACCCGCCUCGGCGAAUGAGUUACCUGCGUAUGAGGCGGUUCAUACCAUGUUACGUACUCUAGAG